ACUUGGUCCUUUUAGCCUCAUAAAUACAUACAAUCUUUGUUGCACAGCUACCAAAGUUUGUUCAUCCUUUCUUCUAACCACACCAUGGCCAUGCUUAGAGCUUUCAGCACCAGAAGAAGCCGGAAUGGCUAUGAAAGGUUACUCGUUGCAACCGAAGUCGAUGAUGAGGCUGUUUCAAGCAAUCCUCAGUUUGAAGCACAGUUGAAGAGAGCUAGAAGUGUUCCGGCUCGGGUUUUCGGUUUGUCGAGAAAGUUUAACGGCCCGGAAUUGGGGCUGCCGGUAAAGAGUAAAGUGAAAUCGUCGACGACGGCAGAGUCUAACAAAAAGGGUGCCAAGACAAAGAGUGUUCACCCACUUUUCAGCCUAUUUGAUGGCCGUCGCAAGAAGAAAACAACAGCUAAACCGGAGUUCGCUAGGUAUAUAGAGUACCUCAAAGAAGGAGGGAUGUGGGACAUGAAUGCUAAUAUGCCUGUCAUUCACUACAAAUGAAGCUUUGUUUUGG